CGUCAGUCACAAGUCUGCUGCUACUGGUGGACGGCUGUGGUGGGCACUCCUACUGUAUUUUGGAACUCAAAAGCUUGAACGCGCAUAUUCCAACUGCACAGUGCUUUGUCAAGGUGCCCUGAAAGCAGUGGGUACGCACUUACCGAUCUACAGUUUCCGCGGGCCAGCGCCGAGAUUCACCAUUCCCCACAGAGGUCCACGAGAUGUCACAACCUACUUCUUUACAUUAGUAGCAGAUUACCUACACCUGACUUCUUGGCGCCGACAUUUGUGUGCACAUGUGUUCCGUAUGGAACCAUCAGGAUGACUGUUUAGAAUAGUUUGAUCGCAUAUAGAAACGUAGGUUAUCAGAACAUCUUCUCGACGAGUCGGUCCGGGACAUCUCUUGCGGCAGUGCGUGUAGGUGCUUGAGACCGAGAAGCACCCGCUCUAGCCCGCAGGAGAUUAUGUGGGGGCGCUUUCUGACCUCUACUGCAUCUUGUCGGUUCUUCUUGUGCAUUUCGCCGCUGAGAGGAUAGCCGUGUCCCGUUGAGGAUGCCUAACAGGCUGAAGACGCAGUCCUGAAGAUUGAUGGAGGGCCAUGCUAUUCAAACAGCAGGCGUUGCUGAGACAGAAGCUCUUUGUGCUGGGCAGCCUUGCUAUCGGGAGUCUCCUCUAUCUAGUGGCCAGGGUUGGGAGCUUGGAUAGGCUGCAGCCUAUUUGCCCCAUAGAGAGCAGACUGGGCCCUCUUCAUCUGCCGGAGCAAAUCCCUCUCCGGACCCUGCAGUAUAAGCGUGGUCUGCUCCACGAGCUCCGCAAGGGCAAUGCCACCAAAGAGCAGAUCCGCCUGCACAACCUGGUGCAGCAGCUGCCCCGGGCCAUCAUUAUCGGGGUGCGCAAGGGGGGCACGCGUGCCCUGCUGGAGAUGCUCAACCUGCACCCGGCGGUGGUCAAGGCCUCGCAGGAGAUCCACUUCUUUGACAACGACCAGAACUACGCCCGUGGCAUCGACUGGUACCGGGAGAAGAUGCCAUUCUCCUUCCCCCAUCAGAUCACCAUUGAGAAGAGCCCCGCCUACUUCAUCACAGAGGAGGUCCCCGAACGCAUCUUCAAGAUGAACUCCUCCAUCAAGCUGUUGAUUAUUGUGCGCGAGCCCACCACCAGAGCUGUGUCCGACUACACACAGGUGCUGGAGGGCAAGGAGCGCAAGAACAAGACCUACCACAAGUUUGAGAAGCUGGCCAUUGACGGAAACACGUGUGAGGUGAACACAAAGUAUAAGGCGGUACGGACCAGCAUUUACACCAAGCACUUGGAGCGCUGGCUGAAGUACUUCCCUGUGGAACAAUUCCACAUUGUGGACGGGGACCGUCUGAUCACGGACCCGUUGCCGGAGCUGCAGCUCGUCGAGCGCUUCCUCAACCUACCAUCCAGGAUCAGCCACUAUAAUCUGUACUUCAAUGCCACCAGGGGAUUCUACUGCCUGCGAUUUAACAUUGUCUUCAACAAGUGCCUGGCAGGCAGCAAGGGGCGCAUCCACCCUGAGGUGGACCCUUCGGUCGUGGCCAAACUGAGGAAGUUCUUCCACCCCUUCAAUCAGAAGUUUUAUCAGAUCACUGGCAGGACAUUCAACUGGCCCUGAGAAACGAAGGGAAGGUCUAUAUAAAUGUGUUAACUAAUGUUGUUCUGUUGACAUUUUUAAGAUGUCAACCUCAAAAAUAUUAAAGGAUAUUAAAAAGCACUUUGAUUGAAUUUAACACCUAUGAGAAUGACAAUGUGACCAAAUAUGUAACAGAAUCCAUGUAUGUUUGUUUGUAAAUAUGUAAGGGGGGGGCAGAGGAAAAAUGGUUUGUGAGUUACAAAACAAUUCAGUUUAUUGCGCCUGAUCUUCAUGUGUAAUAGUUCACCUAUUUGACACUUUCCCCAUUUAUAAACUCAUAAUUUUGCCAUCCUCGCUCACAGUUUGACAUUUAUUGGGGUGAGUCUUGUCCUUGAGGCAGAACUGAACGAUUUCCGCUAGAUGGGCCAGUUGCAAAGUCAAAAUUCGCUAUAAUAUAAGAAUUAUUUAUUUAAGAUUAGGAUUAGCAGUGUGGUUAGGGUUAAGGUUAGAUUUCAAAUCUGAUUUUAUGGCUUUGUGGCUGUGCCAGCUAGUGACCACUCGGCAGAGCUGCCUCCAGAACAGGUUUCAUGACAAAAAAAACACUGACCCACUCAUCUCUCAGCCAAUAUUGAAUGAAGGGUAUAGUCUCAAAUGUGAGAUAGACAUGAGAUUAUUUUAAGAACGGUGUGGCUUUUAAAAGGAGACUUGUCAGUCAAUGACACACAUAUUUUACAGGUUGAAAAGCGUUCAUAAACCUAUGUGUGACAAUGUUUCAUAUUAAAACAACCUUGACGAAGACGUAAGCCAACAUGUUCUUACCGUUUUGAAUGUGAUAGUCAUGCAUUUAUUUCCCUCUCAUUUAGAUGUUGUUUCAUAUGUGCAAUGAACAUUGUUUUUUUUUAUGUAUUCCAGUAUCAUUCUUUAAACAUUAUUCCAGUAUCAUUCUUUAAACAUUAUUCCAGUAUCAUUCUUUAAACCUUAUUCCAGUAUCAUUCUUUAAACCUUUAUUUGUUUCUAUGUUGUUUUUAGAUGUAUUCAUGUUCUCCACUACCAUGAAGCGCUUGUAUCUGUAAUAUAACUCAGAAAUCUAGAUUGUCAAGAGGGAAUAGGAGCAUAGCAUUUCUCACCAAAUUCUGACUCAGAUAAAAAAAAAUUGGUCUUGUAUGUCAAGCAUUUAAAUGUUGCAUAAGGGAUUUGAGUGGUAACUUUGUCCCCCCCAGUAUUGGAAUUGUUUGUCAUUGCCCUUGGCCAAAAGCCAUUGUAAAAAGUUAUUUGUUAGUUACUGUCAAACCAUCUAAUGCUUAUUCUACUACAAUUACCAGAUUUGUUUUAUGUGCAAAUAGCCACUCUGUAUCAUAAGUGUAUUGUUCUGUAACAAAAAAAAAGGAUUUCAUUAAAAUAACAUUUAAACAUG